AUGCACCUACCGGUCGUUUCCUUGCUCUUCGCCGCCCUCUGCACGUCUCUCUUCUUCACCAAGCUGAUUCUGCUUCUCAUCCACGCGCCUACCAUCCCCGUGGCUUCGACCCUCUUCUACCUGCCGACCUUUUUUCUGCCCGACUUUCUCGUCAUAUGCGUCGCCAGAUUGGCUCUUCGUCGGGAAAAGGGCCCUCUCCGCCCCGCUUGUCGGGGCGUCGUGGUGGUUGGAGCCGCAUCAUCCACCCUAGGUUUCUUCUAUGAGACAGGCAGCGAGCUCGAAUGGCACUCGGCCGCCACCUUCGCAUUCGAGAAGGAAGCCAGAGAUGUCUUGCUCAGCGGUCUGCUGCCUGUCACGGCAUCCGCCCUGUUCAUUCUCUCCGUUGCGUGGUUCACCCACCAAAUCCUUUACAAAGCCGCCGGGGACUUCCUGAUUGAAGCUGGCUACUGUGUGGUUUACGCCUGCAAGCAAUUUCUGAAAUCACGCCAGGUCCAGGAUGUCGAAAAAGACGCCGAAUCUAGCCGCAGUAUGUUGCACAAUGGCGACGGCGAGGACAACAACGGACAGCAACCCAAAGCGCCCGCCGACAUUGAUAGCGACGACAGCGACGAUUGGGGCAACCCUCCCGAACUACGAGAAACCAAGUCUUCCCGAUCCCGCUCGAGAUCCCGUUCUCCCCAAUCGCCAUCCCGACCUUCACGCGUGCCUUCGUGGAGGCUCAAGGCUGCAGCACUAGGCUUUUUCGCCUUCGCCAUGAUCUUACGACCGCACAAGCCCUUCGACCACAUGUCUGUCACGCUCCCCGUCGCCAUGCUCGAUAUGUUUUCUUUCGGCGGCCCCCCUCGGCACAGCUGCAUGGGGGCUGGACAUCAUGGCCUGAACGACUGGCCCUUACCCGAGUUGACGGAGAAGUCUCGGUGGAAGAUGCCCAAGGGGAACUUCAAGGGCUGGGCACCAGGUGAUAACAGCCCCAUGGCCGAUGCUUACCAGCACCGAGUCGUUGACUGGGUCAUCGAGUCGAUGCCACGCGGUUUCCUUCGAUGGGACCGCGCAAGGUGGAGGGAUCACGGCCCACCACAUCCUCACGCUCACGAUCAUGGCCCGCCCGGCCAUGGCCCACCCGGGCACCCUCCGCCUCCUCCGCCGCCCCCUCAUGGAGGGCCCCGUGGAGAAGGGCCACCCGGGCCACCCGGGCAUCAUCCUCCCCCACCUCCGCCUCCCGGAUGCCCGCCUCCAGAUAUCCAGCAGUCAUUCUACAACCCUGUAGAUGAUCCCCUACGCAUCACGAACCUUAACGACGACAUCCUUAAGCCGUUGAAAGACAGCCUCGACAAAGACGAAGUCAAGAUCAAACAUGUGGUCUUUAUUCUCAUGGAGAGUUUGCGCUCUGAGGUCUUUCCCAUUCGACCGAACACCAGCUUCCACGACAUGAUUGUGGAAGCUAACGAGGAGGAGAUGAGGGAGGAGAUCAAACUUCGACUGGCCCAGAUGACUCCCAACAUCGCAAAGAUUACAGGAUACACGGCAGACUUCGAAGGGGUUGAAACACCACCAGUGUCCUGGGCAGGGCCGUCCCAGCCUGGUUACGGAGGUAUCAACGUGCUUGGUGCGCUGACAAGCAGCACCAUGUCCACGAAGAGCUACUCAGCCAAUCUGUGUGGCACGUGGCCCAUGGCUGUGGAAACGUUUGACGAGGCCGACACCGACGCCUAUCAACCGUGUCUCCCCCAGAUCCUUGAUCUCUUCAACCGAGACAAAGACGGCAGUGGCAAUCCCGACCCUGCAAGCGAUUUCCGCCAGCAAAAGUGGCGUCCCGCACUGUUCGAGGCAAUGACGGAGACUUUUGACAGGCAGGACAAGUUUGACAAGAAGAUUGGGUUCCAACAUAUUGUGGCCGAGAAACAACUCAAGGCAGACAAGUCGCGGUACAAGCCUCUCGAGCCACUUUACGAAAAGGUCAACUACUUUGGCUUUGCCGAACCCGUCCUCGUCCCCUACCUGAAGGACUAUAUCAACGAGACAGCGGCGAAUAACGAGCGCAUGUUCAUGAUGCACUUUACCAGCUCGACCCACCAUCCCUGGGUCACUCCGAAAGCGUGGGACACGACCGAUUAUUUCGAAAGCAAGGGCAUCAAACACCGGGAUCUGAACAAGUUCCUCCAGACCAUCAACUACCACGAUGCUUGGAUGGGCAAUUUAAUGCAGCUUUUUGAGGAGACGGGAAUCGCCAAUGAAACUCUUGUCGUGUUUGCAGGCGACCACGGCCAGGCCUUCAAGGAGGACUGCAAGAAGCAGGGUACCUUUGAGAACGGCCACAUCAGCAACUUCCGCAUCCCCAUCGUCUUCUCCCAUCCCCACCUACCCAGGAUAGAGUACGAGGCGAACGCGACUUCCCUGUCCAUCCUCCCUACGAUCUUGGACCUUCUUAUCAAUACUGGAUCUCUCAACAAACAUGAUAGCAGCGUCGCAUCUGACCUCGUGCACGAUUAUGAGGGCCAGUCUCUCAUUCGACCGUACAAGGCGGCGGACAACGGCCGCCGCGCGUGGAACUUCUCCAUCGUCAAUUCGGGAGCUGGCAUGCUCUCCAUCACCUCGGCAGACACCACUUGGCGACUCCUGCUGCCCCUCGUGGAGACUUUUGAGUACAAAAUGUCCGACCUACAGACAGACCCAACUGAGCAGGAUGUGCUUUCGGCCUGGUCGCUGAGGAGCCUGGCCAGUGGCGUGCGAAAGAAGCACGGAGAAAGCGCUGCUGAUUGGGUGAAAGAGGCUGAAAUCGUCGCGCAAUGGUGGAUGAAAGAACGGCGGCGCCUCUGGAGGCACUCUUGA